GUAACCUCUUUCCGCAUGUGCUUAAUCCUGGGAAGACAUUUUAGACUUGGACGUUGAGGUCAUGCAGACGAGUGGUUUCCCAGCGGCUGUCUUUGCCAGGACAGUCCUCAAAGUGUCGUGCUAAGGAGUCCAGACUUCAUAUUUUCAGAUGUGUUGCUGUUUUGGGGAUAUCAGUGGAGGGAUGGAUCUAAUUCUCUUGCUUGAUGACAGCAGGUUGGUCUGGUCCAUCUGAGCCAUCGCAGAUGUGGGCUGAACUUCCCAUGAAGAUAGUGAGACACUGAACUGAUGGAUGAGCAGCAGGAUGUGGGGAAAAGUUCCCUGAUGGGUAGCUGCAGUGGCACAAGUAAUAGUCACAGGCAUCGACAACCAUGCGCUUCAACAAAUCCAAAGUAGCUGUUGGAUUUAUAGUGACCGGGGCUUUGACGGUGGUUUUUGGAGCAGUUCUUCUCUUUGUAGGACCCAAAGUCAUGAAGGACCAAAUAAUCAAAAACACUGUAAUCGACCCCAACAAUGAAUUGACCUACACCAUGUGGAAGGACGUCCCUGUUCCCUUCUACAUGUCUGUCUACUUCUACAACGUACUUAACCCGAUGGAGAUUCUAAAAGGAGAGAAGCCCAUGGUGGAGCAGCGAGGGCCGUAUGUUUACAGGAAACGCAUUCAAAAAGACAACAUCACAUUUCACGAGAACUUCACGGUGUCGUACAGAGAAUACAGAAGCUACUACUUUGAGCCGUCCAUGUCUGUAGGCACUGAGUCAGAUGUUGUCACGAUACCAAACAUGCUGGUGCUGGGGGCAGCAGUGAUGAUGGAAAACUUACCGUAUGCUGUCCGCCUAAUGAUAAGUGCCACAUUCAAGACUUUCAAGGAGGGACCGUUCCUAACAAAGACAGUCGGAGAGCUGAUGUGGGGCUAUGACAGUGGACUGGUGGAUUUCCUCAAUAAAUACCUGCCGGGCAUGUUACCGUCUUCAGGGAAGUUUGGCCUUUUUGCUGAGUUCAACAACUCCAACACCGGUCUGUUCAACAUCUUCACUGGGAAGGACAACAUUAGGAACGUUCAUAAAGUGGACUCGUGGAACGGUCUCACAGAGCUGAGUUACUGGAGGACUCCUCAGUGUAACAAGAUCAAUGGAACAGCUGGACAGAUGUGGCCCCCCUUCAUGACCAAAGAAACAACUCUGCCUUUCUACAGCCCCGACGCCUGCAGAUCAUUGGAGCUGGUGUACCAGCGCCCUGGAGUGAUGAAAGGAAUCCCUUUGUACCGCUAUGUCGCACCCAAGACGAUGUUCGCCAACGGGACAGAUUACGAGCCCAAUGAGGGUUUUUGUCCUUGCAGACAGUCUGGUCUGUUGAACGUCAGCAGCUGUCGCCAAAACUCUCCAGUCUUUAUUUCACAUCCUCACUUCUUUAAUGCUGACCCCGUUCUCCUGGACUAUGUGCACGGCCUGAGUCCAAAUGAGGAGGAGCAUGGACUGUUCAUUGACAUUCACCCACAAACAGGUGUGCCUCUGAAUGUGUCCAUCCGUUUGCAGCUCAACCUCUACAUGAAAAAAGUGUCAGGAAUUACAGAAACUGGCAAGAUUUCUGAGGUGAUCAUGCCUAUGCUGUGGUUUGAAGAGAGUGGUUAUAUAGACGGACCCAUCCUCACCACCUUCCACACUAACCUGGUCAUUCUGCCCGCUGUGAUGGAAUUCAUGCAGUACGGCUUCAUAGCAAUGGGACUUGCGACCAUCAUAAUCGCCAGCCUGCUGCACCGGAGAUUCAGGAAGCCCAGAGAAGAUGUGUGGAUCUCCACAGUGUUGCACAACCCAGGGGCCACUGACAAAGAGCUGGUAAAUGGCUCACAUGACCCGGCAGAGAAGAAAGGGGACAUGGGUAAAUCAGAGAAAUAAAAACAGAUUGCCUCACAUCGACUGCAACCAUAAGCACUUCCACUGAAGAGAGAGACCGACUAGUACACAAUGAAGUGGACAUACACGCGAAGCACAACUACUCCAAUGCACAAACACACACCUUAUGCUUGAAGGUCCACUGUAUGUGAAACUCUGCUGAAUUUGAACUAUCUUGUGCCACGGUUCUAUUCCCACUGUGUGUCAGUUGAAAACAGUGUUUGAUACAUUUUUCUGACUUGACUAACUCUCUGCCAAAGACACACUGUUGUUGUUGUUGUUGUUGUUGAGACCGUUUCUCUCUUUAGACAAUCCUACACCAAUCAAUGUGUUAAGUGGGCUGUGCACGCUCAUGUUUAUCUAACUACUAAAUUCUGUAAAGAAGUUAUUUUUUGAGGUGGAUGUGAAAUUGUUCCAAGUGACUGUAUAAUGUGGAUUUAAAACUGUAUAUGUGGCCUUGAAAAUUUCAGUCUGUGUGUGUAAAAAAUUGAUUUGUAAAAUAAAAAUGUUUUUGUUUCUCCUCA